UCUUUUACUCUACUCUCCAAAAAAAUGGCUACAUCAAAUUACUCGCUAGUGACUGACUUUAUCCUCAUAGGACUCACAGACUGGCCAGAACUCCAGCUGCCCCUCUUCCUCCUAUUCCUGAGUAUCUAUGUAGUCACAUUGGUUGGCAACCUGGGUAUGAUCAUAUUGAUUAGACUCAGUUCCCAUCUCCAUACUCCCAUGUACUAUUUCCUCUGCAGUUUGUCCUUCAUUGAUCUCUGUCAAUCAACUAUUAUCACUCCCAAAAUGCUAGUGAACUUUGUGUCAGAGAAAAACACUAUUUCCUACCCUGAGUGCAUGACUCAAUUCUAUUUUUUUGUCAUUUUUGUAAUUUCUGAAUGCCAAAUGUUGGCUGUGAUGGCUUAUGACCGCUAUGUAGCUAUAUGUCAUCCCCUUCGUUAUAAUAUUAUGAUAUCCUAUCAGGUGUGCUCUUGUUUGGUAAGUGGCGUUUUUGCAUUUGGCCUGGUAGGGGCCACAGCUCACACAGGCUGCUUACUUAGAGUUCUCUUCUGUCGGGAAAAUGUCAUCAAUCAUUAUUUCUGUGAUCUUCUUCCACUCUUGAAGCUCUCUUGUUCAAGUACCUAUAUCAAUGAAAUGGUGAAUCUGGCAUUCAGUACAUUUAAUGUCCUUUGCCCAACCUUGAUCAUUAUUUGCUCUUAUGUUUUGAUCAUUGCUAGCCUUUUAAAAAUUCAAUCCACUGAAGGCAGAUCAAAAGCCUUUAAGACUUGUAGCUCCCAUAUUUCAGCAGUUGGAGUUUUCUUUGGUUCUGGUGCAUUCAUGUAUCUGCAGCCAUCUUCAGUCAACUCUAUGGAUCAAGGGAAAGUGUCUUCUGUGUUUUACACUAUCAUUGUGCCCAUGCUAAAUCCCCUCAUCUAUAGUCUAAGAAAUAAGGAUGUUAAAAUUGCCUUGAAUAAAGUGAUAGAAAGGACAUUUUAG